AUGGCACGAUGGGAUGCUCGGGGAACCUUCUCUAUCGAUCCGCAAGCCCUGUCUUCAUUCGAGUGCGUGGGCAUAGCUAUAUCCAUGAAUCGCAAAUGCAAGAAAGUUAUUGGGAAACCAAGACGCAUCACAGCAGCUAAACUACUAGAUGAGCUUUCAGCAUUGCCUAUUUCCGGACAAGGCUAUAAUGAAACAUGGCUAAAAGCAAAAAUAAAAGAGCUCCUUGGUGAAGUAACCUGUGGGAUACAUAACGAUCGAGGAGGACACUCUCAGGUUGAAAGAGUAGGAAAAGAGUGGUGGCGCAAGGUGGAAAUGGUGCAAGAAGUAAUGAGAAACAACAGAGGGCAACAGCCAGCACAAAUGAUACAGCGGAGGAGGGAAUAUAGGCCUGUUGCGGACGUGGAGCCAGCUGAUGCUGAAUGGGCUCUUCAGCGUCUCGAAUUGAACCCACUGAUAAUCGAGGAUCAAAUCCAGAUUCUGGAGGAGCGUCUUGCGCGCGAUGAGGCGGAGAGAGCGGAAUUGAUGAUGCGGAUAGAGGAGAGAAGGAGACUAUAUGAGAGAAUACGAGAGGAACAAGUGCGAGCAAGAGAGAGGGAGAUGCGAGAAGCAGCAAUGCGGCGAAGAGAAGAUGAGGAGAGACGACGAGAAGUGGAGAGAAUUCAAAGGGAUAGACAACGAGAAGCGAAUAGGAUACGUGAUGAAAGAGAAGAGAUGGUGAGGAUGGAUAGAGAAUUUGCAUUGAGACUGAUGAGAGAAGAGGCGGAGGAAGAAGAGCUGAUAAGACAAGAAGAAGAAGAAGCAGAAGCGCAGCAACAACGAGCAGCACGAAGGGCAUUACAGAGGAUUGAGAAUAUGCGACAAGCGCAAGUGCCAAACCUUUUUGCAGUACCGCAACUAUUUCUGCCUCGUCCUGUUCACCGCAGAGUUCAACGUAAACCCCUUAGCGAUUGUUAUUCCUGCUUCGAACACAUCCGCCGACAUGAAGACGCCGAUUGGUGUCGAGCGGAGUGCGGGCAAAAUAUCUGUAACGGAUGUCUUCAGGAGUGGAUGAGAAAUCAAGUGGGGAGAGAAAUUAGAUGUGGCGUCUGUCGAGCAGUUUGGAAAUUUGAGGAUGCAUAAGGAGCUGGCAAUGCGAUAUUCGGGAACUUAAUUUCAAGUCGGCGUUGAGAAGGAUCUUGGAAUUUGAUACAAGGGAGGAUUUGUGUUUUUUUUUUUC